UUUCGUACAGAUUUCUAAGACUAGCUUUACCUAAGCCUAACAGGAAAAUAAAUCGAUAAAUUAAAAUGUAGUCCUAGUCUAGAUCUUUAAUCGAAAAACAAUAACAAAGCAUGGAGCCAACUCCAGUAGAUGCACUUCGAGUUAGCCAGUUAGAUACAUCAGAACUUGACCAGGAAUUAGUGAGGUUAACCAAAUCUCAUAUUGCUCAGCUAUUUAAAUAUCACACGACAGCCUUUUUGACUCGAUUUGAUCCAGAAAUACAAGCUGGCAUAAAAUUAUUGCUUUGGAAGUUUGCUCUCUAUGACAGUGGCUCAACAGUUGGUCAAAAGAUUUUAGGAAUCAAAUAUUUCACAAAGUACAGGGACAAGUCAUGGAUUGCAAUUACAGGGAGAGAGAAAAUAUUAUAUGGCCUCUUGGUAAUUAUCUUCCCUUGGCUGAAGGAGCGUCUGUCUACAUUGUUAUAUUACUUGGGCCUAUCCAAUGUGGACUCCACAGUCUCAUGGUGGGUUCAGCAGAUAGAAACUGUGUUUAAAGUGUCUGCAUUCAUUAACCUCUUGGUUUUCUUACGCCAAGGUGUGUAUCUAACUCUGUUAGAGAGAUUGCUUGGGAUCAGAGCAAAGUUUCCACAACAGCAAGGGCUUAGACAGGUUGGCUUUGAGUUUAUGACCAGAGAGCUCAUGUGGCAUGGCUUUUCAGAAUUUCUUUUUUUUCUCCUGCCCUUAAUAAACUUUCAAAGAAUAAAGAACACAUUGAAUCGCUGGGUGAGAGGCCAAAGCUCCAGCACCAAAGGUCACUUACAACAACGAACACAUACAGACCUGACAUCCUGUGCAAUUUGUGAGGACUGGCCAGUGAUGCCCAGGGAGAUUGGCUGUAGACAUGUCUUCUGUUACUACUGUAUACAAGCAAACUUUUUAGCUGAUCCCAAUUUCACAUGUCCCCUGUGUGGUCAUCCUGUGGUCAGUGAAGACAGCAUUCAGACUGUGAAGGCCCACAUUAACCCAGAAAGAAACACAAGCUCAUGAAAAGUGUUGGAAAUAUUUUAUCGUGGCAUACUUCUCAGACAUGCAGGCUGGCACUAAGUGCCUUCCUGUUCAAACUUGCUGGUGUUAUUAAAACAUUGUUAAUGAGCAUGACCUUUUUUUGUUAUAUUAUGAACAAAAUUUGUGCCUAUUUGUAAGCAAAGUUUUUGGUUUGUUACUCAGUCUAUGCACACCAGAUCCUGACAGAGGUGACAAUGGCUGGUCCUUUGAUCAGUCAGCGGCACAACAUGGCCUAAAUUGUGCCGAUGUGCAAAAAUCCAAAAUAUCAGAUGUCCUAUUGAUCAAUCAGCUAUAAAGUAUGCCUUCUUUAGAUUUAACAUGGUUUGUAAUAAGAAAAAAAAAAUUGUAGCUGAAUUUUGUGAUCUAUGCACUGUUUUUUUUAUUAUUUUUUUUUUACUGAUUUAAAAGUAAGUGGGUUAGCUUUCUACAUUUUAUGUGACCAUUGUACUAAGUUGCUAGUUUGAGAUUAUCAUUAUCCUCUUUUCACAUGACAAAUUAAGACCUACAUAAAUUAGCAAGAUUGAAACUCAAUGUUGUUUUUUUGUACUGAACCACCAUUCAUCAUCUUAAUUAUUAGAGAAUCUUUUUUUUUUAAAGUUAGUCUCUGUUCUCCAUCAUUUUCAUUCCUUUAGACAUUUUGUGUUGUUGCUGCAAUCAAAGGUUAAAUAAGUUUUUUUGUUUUGAAUCAAAGAUUCAAAGAAUCAGCAUAACAUUCACAAAAUGGACCAAACAAAAUUAUAUAUAUAUGUGUGUGUGUGUAAUGUAUUACUGCCACUAACUUGUUACUAUGAAUAAAAUUUGUAAAUUAGAGCUGAUGUAAAUAUCAUUAUUUCAACAUUUGAGCAAACUUGCCCACUUAAUGUAAAAAUACAUAAAAAUGUUUGUAUUGAAAAUUUAUUGAAAAAAAAAAUGUGGAUAAAUAUUUGUUUGUCAAACUAAAAAUAUUUGUUAGAUCUCAAGUUUAACACACACAAUCAAACGGAAAGUUAAAUGUGAAGGGAGAUAAUGCAAGAAAAUAAAAUGUAUUUCCAAGUUUAAUAGUUUUAAUUAUAAAAUUGCACAUGUUCUACAUACUAGUUUAUUAUCAUUUACUAGUUUAAUUGAAUAUCCAUUUGAGGAAUUUAGGCCUUUCUAUUACUUUAUGAACUAUUUGAAUCCACUUUUGUGGCUUUCUUUACUAGAUAAACAAAUGUAUUUACCAUGUAAAUAAUAACAUAUAACCCAAUAAAUUUUAAAUUAUUUAGUAAAACUUCACUCUGAAUAGAAUGGUUCUAAUGGUGGAUUAUACUUGCUAAUGAAAUACAUCUUUAGAAAACUCUUGCAUUUUUUUUUUUAUCCUUUUGCUGCACUUGGUGAUAUGUUCAUUUAAAUGCACAGGAAAAAUUUUACUGUUAAAGUUAAAAGUUUGGUUGUAAAUUUUUUUUUACAAAUGUACUCAAAAAGAAUUGAUUGUUGAUCAUGUUUUUUGUUACAUGUUACUGUAAAUGUGAUGUAAGUUAGUUUCAAAGAUCUUAAGGUUGAUGUAACUAUUUUUAAUAAAUACACUUAACAGAUUGUUCAAAUGACUUCCCUUGGUCUUGAAAUUCAAUAAAUAGUUUCAACCUAUUAUAAUUUUAUUUUAUUGAUUAAGUUUUAAAAAAUCAUUUUGACUCUGUUCUUUAAUGUAUGACAGUGGUUCUUAAUAUUUUAAAAUUUAAUACCCAAUAGAAAGACCAAUGUUGAUAAUAGUUUUGUUAAUGCAUUUUAUGUUUGUAAUUAAUAUUUUGUCUUGAAACCAUAAGGUAUCUCUACUAUUCAAUUAUUGCAUUCCAGACUCUAAUCCAUUUGAAAUAAUUAUGAAUUUUAAACCUGACAUUCACAUCUCAUCACUAACAAUUCUCUAGUAUCAAAAUGUAGGACAAGUAAAGUUUUUUAAAGAAGUAAAAGUGUAAAAAGAGAAAA